AUGACUAAAAUUUCUGAAAAACCAAAACUAAUAUUAAGAAAAACACUCAAAAAUGUCAUAAUCGAUAGAUAUAAUGUUUUAAAUGAACAUAAUUACUUUUUGGAUUUGAGCAAGUAUUGCAUUCUAACAAAUUCAACAGUUAAAAGACAAAAUGUAAUUAAAAAAAGUUACAAAAACAAAUGUGAUCCUCUACCAGAUUGGCUAAAGGAUCAUAAUUUAUCAAGUGAAGAAGAAGAUGACGUUGAAGAGAAGUCUAUUAGUCAAUUAUUAAUAAUGGAAUUUCAAAAAGACUCUGCAAAUUCAUAUAAGGUAUAAAUAGAAUAUCUUGUUAAGUUUUAAAACAUUUUAAUCUGACAGAAUUUCAAAAAAAUGUUUUAAAAUUGGCUUUAUUAAAUAAAAAUGCAAUUGUUUUUUGAAGUCCAUGUUUUGGUUAUCUUUAAACAUACACUUAUCAUGUACAAUAUUUAUAAUUUUAAAAUUCCUAUAAAAACACAUUCUAUGCUAUAAUUAGUACUAUGUAUUAAACUACAAUUUUCCAUUUUGCAUAACAUUGAAUUACAAAGCCAGUAAUUUUAAGAAAUUAUUAUAUUUCACUGAAAUGUUGUUUAUUUGUGCAAAGACCACAUUGUCUAAAUUUAUACACAUGAUAGGUAUUAAAUAUAUAUAACUAAUUAUUUAAUUAUUUUAGGUUUGUCCUCCAUUUGAUUGGGUACAUCUUAUAUAUUUAACUGUAAAGAACUUUCCAAAAGAAUAUGUAACUUGUCAUGAUAUACAUACAUUUUGCAGGUAUAUUUGUUUAACACUUAUCUUUAUUUUUAAUAUAUAAUUGUAUAUAUAUAUAUAUAUAUGUAUAUAGUUAUUAUUUGUAGACAUUGGUUCCCAUUUUAUUUUAACAAAUCAUGGAUUAACAGUAUUCUUUCAACAUUGAAUUGUCCCAGUAAUGAAUAUUUUAACUAUUCAUCUUCACUUUUGGGCAAAGAAUCUGUUCAGUGGACUGUUAAUAUUGAAUCAGUGAAUACUUUGGAAGAUUCAUUGAAGUCUAUUGUUAAAAAAUACGAGAAAAAAAUAAAAUCAGCAAUGAGAUAUCCUGGUAUCUUAUAUUUAACAUAAAUAAUAUAACAUAAUUCAUAUUUAAUUGACAAGUGUAUACAGUAGACAAAAAAAUAAGAAUUUAUUUAAUUUCAGAUAAACUACCUACAAUAUUGAAAGGUUAUGGCGUGCAUUAUUUGGGAUAUAAACAUUUCAAUAGUUAA